AAUAUAAUUUUUAAAUUCAGUUUACGAUAAUGUCCGUAAAUUUAAAAUUUAAAAAAAUUCAGUUUACAGGAAUUUCACGUACCAAACGCCCCUCUAAUAAAAUAAAUAAAUAAAUGGUUUCGCUGAAAGAAGAAUCACAGUCUCAAACCUGAAAUCUUCUGCAACUCUCACUUCACAGACACACACACACUGUACCUGAGACAAUGUUGGGAGGGUCAGCCAAAAGCGUCACAAAUUUCUGUUCAUCUUUUCCAUUCAUCUCCAAAACCAAAACCCCAACUUCAACUCCUUCUAAAUUGGCUUUCCCUUCCAAUCGCUGUCGAUGUACGAAAUACCCCACAAUUUCAGCAGUGGCUAACCCUGUUCAGAUUCCACCCACCACCGAGUCUCUCUCACCGGGUCAGUUCCGAGUCGACAUCCUCUCGGAAUCCCUCCCCUUCAUCCAGAAAUUCCGAGGCAAGAUCAUCGUCGUCAAGUACGGAGGCGCCGCCAUGAAAUCCCCUGCGCUACAAGCCUCAGUCAUCAACGACCUCGUCCUCCUCUCCUGCGUCGGUCUCCGCCCCGUUAUGGUUCACGGCGGAGGCCCGGAGAUCAACAACUGGCUCGGCCGCCUCAACAUUCAGGCCGUCUUCCGCGACGGCCUCCGAGUCACCGACGCUGAGACCAUGGAGAUCGUUUCCAUGGUCCUCGUCGGCAAGGUCAACAAGACCCUGGUGUCUCUCAUCAACAAAGCAGGGGCCACCGCAGUCGGCCUCUCCGGCAUGGACGGCCGCCUCCUGAUGGCUCGACCUAGCCCUAAAGCCGCCGACCUAGGGUUCGUGGGCGAGGUGGCGCAGGUGGAUCCGACUGUUCUUCGAUCGCUGAUCGAUAACAGCCAUAUUCCGGUGGUGACGUCUGUGGCGGCGGAUGAGUUCGGACAGCCGUACAACAUAAAUGCGGAUACGGUGGCCGGAGAAUUGGCAGCGGCGCUAGGGGCAGAGAAAUUGAUAUUGUUGACUGAUGUGGCGGGCGUAUUGGAGGAUCGGAAUGACCCGAAUAGCUUGGUGAAGAAGAUUGAUAUAAAAGGGGUGAAGAGUAUGAUGGAGGAUGGCAAGGUUGGUGGUGGCAUGAUUCCAAAGGUGAAUUGUUGCGUGCGAUCCCUUGCACAAGGUGUCAAAACGGCUAGUAUUAUUGAUGGCAGGGUCCCACACUCUUUGUUGCUCGAGAUUUUGACUGAUGAAGGUGCUGGAACUAUGAUAACUGGAUGAUAACUUCAUUAUCUUCUUCUAUUUAUAGUUAAAGGCCAUUCAAAUGUAUCAACAACAACAACAAAAAAGGUCAUUCAAGAUCUUUCUUGUUAUUCUGUGUUUCUUGGCAAUCCUGUACCUUCGAGUUGAAACACUUGUUUUUGUUAGAUUCAUGAUUGGUUAUCUUCAUCAUAUAUGAAUGAAAACCUCAGACAAAA